CAUUUCUUACAAGUAUAUAAAAUAAUGGCAACAAUAUCCAUAAGUCAAAAGUCAACUAACUUUCAACGUCCAAACCAUAGCUCGGUGGUUGAAGAGAUCAAUGGCUUGAUUCGAGUUUAUAAAGACGGGCACGUUGAAAGACCUCCUAUCGUACCUUAUGUUUCUUGCAUGGUACCCUUGGAGCUCGAGGUUGUAGCUAAAGAUGUAACCAUAAACAAGUUUACUAACUUGUGGGCACGCGUGUAUGCCCCUGCUGGCAACAGGCAGUUUUCAUCAACAAAACUGCCGUUGCUAGUUUAUUUUCAUGGAGGCGGGUUUUGUGUGGGAUCAGCUUCUUGGGCUUGUUACCAUGACUUCUUGACAAACCUUGCUCGUGUUGCGUGUUGUGUCAUUGUAUCGGUAAAUUACCGUCUUGCCCCUGAAGACCGGCUCCCAGCUGCCUAUGAUGAUGGAGUCAAUACCAUUAUGUGGCUAAAACAGGAAGCGUCGAAGGGAACCAUUCAUGAGCUACAACGUUGUGACCUUUCUAGCUUGUAUCUAGCUGGUGACAGUGCUGGUGCAAAUAUCGCCCAACAUGUCGCGUCAAGACUAAUUUCUUGGCCGGUUUUGUCACCAAAGGGGAUCAUUCUUAUUCAGCCCUUUUUUGGUGGUGAAUCAAGAACCAUGUCCGAGAAACAUUCUAUACAACCUAGUAACUCUGCACUAUCAUUAUUGGCUUCUGAUACCUAUUGGCGCCUCGCGCUUCCAAUAGGAGCCACUCGUGACCACCCUUGGUGUAACCCUCUUGCCAAGGGUGCACCUAAAUUGAGUGCUCUAAGGCGCUUCAAGACUAUGAUUCACGUGGCCGAGUUAGACAUAUUGAAAGAUAGAAAUAUAGAGUUGGCAGCUGCCCUGUCUAGCGCAGGCGUGCCAGUACAUUCAGCCAUCUACAAAGACGUUGGGCACGCGUUUCAUAUUUUGCAUAACUACCCAAUGGCUCGUAACCGAACCCAUGAGAUGAUGACUCAUAUUAAGGCUUUCAUUAACCAAUAAUAGGGUUCUAAUUAUUAAAUUCCAAAUUAUAUACUAUAUGGUUUGCUAGCUAGUCUUUUCAUUAUUGUCACGUAGAUAGAUGUAACUAUUGUUUCCUAAUCUCACCUCGAGAUUUAUCGUCAUUGGAGUAUUUACACACAUGUUAUUUACAUAUAAUCAGUAAAAGAGUUGUAUCACUGACUAUCGUCUUUAAACAAUGAACUGAGAU